UGCUGGGAGCCUGGUGAUGCCAUAAGGUGCUUUGAUAAGCAGUAUGAACACAAGGGCAAGUGCUGCAACCGGUGUCAGCCAGGGGAAAAGCUGGUCUCCGAAUGCAAUGGCACAGAAGACUCUGUCUGCACCCGCUGUGAGAGUGGACACUACCAGCAGAGCUGGACCAAGGAGAGGCACUGUGCCCCCCACGAUAUCUGUGACAACAAUGCUGGCCUCAUCCUGAAGAUGCAAGGAAACACCACGCACAACACGGUGUGUAAGUGCCAGGCUGGCAUGCACUGCUCUGAUGCCAGCUGCCAGACCUGCUUGGAGAACCAACCCUGCCAGCGUGGCUUUGGCUUCGCAGCAGCCAAGGCUGAGGCCCAGAUGUCAUCCCCCUGCGAGCCCUGUGCAGAAGGCACCUUCUCCAAUGUCUCUUCUAAAACAGAGCCGUGCCAUCCCUGGACGAGCUGUGAGGAAAAGGGGCUGGUGAUGAAGGCAAAAGGGACGAACACCUCGGAUGCAAUCUGUGAGGCGGGUGGACGCUCCUCACUGUCGGUGCUGAUCCCCAUCACAGCCGCCAUCGUCACGUGCCUCGUGGGCCUCUGCAUCUACUGCCUGGUCCACACAGAUCCCAGGCGACGGGUGCAGAAGCAGAUAGAGGCCGGGAAGCCCAGAGAGGACCCGGAGCACCACCCCCAGGAAGUGGGGGAGGACGGCUUACCCGUGCAGGAGACCCUGCUUGGACGGCAGCCCGUGGCCCAGGAGGAUGGCAAGGAGAGCCGCAUCGCGGAGCAGGAGAAGCUGUGA